GCAACUUUGGCACUCACGCACACUCGGCCAGUUAACAAUCUUUUUUACUUUUUGUCCACACAGAUGUGCUGUUAAACUUUAUUAACUUUGCGACAGACCCAGCGGCCGUAACGUUUCGAAUGUAUUCAAUUAAAGAUAGUCAUUAAAUUGGACAAUUGAAAGCGACGCAAAAAUGAUGUAAAGGAAAACUCUCAAGUAGCUUUCGUGCGUGUGCGAGUGGUGCGUGAGUGUGUGUGUGUGUGUGUGGAAAUUAACGUAGUGUGAAGAAGAGUGGCGAAGGAAAAGCGACAAUUGCAGUCCAAGGCGAACAACAAAAGCAACUACUACUGAAGGUUGUCCAACCCCCCGUUGCCCCCUGCCCCACUGCCGCCAUUGGCGGAGGACAACAGAAAAAGGAGUGCAAGGUCCAGAGGUCCCUGAGGAAACCAUGGAGGAGAAACGCAUUGCCGACUAUUUUGUGGUCGCCGGCAUGCCGGAACAGCCUCAGCUGCUGCAGGAGAACAUCUUCAAUGACUCGGGCCGGCUGAGGGCGGCGAGCACCAUUGAGCCCAUCACGGACAUUGGCGUCUUCUUUCCCCUCCUGGGCGAGGAGAUACCCGAGGGCUUUGAGCUUCUGGCGCACACGCCCACCGGUUUGCCGGCCAACCUUAAUCAUGGAUCGGUGCGCACCACCGAGUGCUACAUCUACUUUCGGCGGGGCAAGGAUCGUCCCCCGCUGGUGGAUAUAGGAGUUCUUUACGAUGGCCACGAACGCAUCAUGUCGGACGCUGAAAUCGUGGCCGAAACUCCUGGCGGCCGGGUGGCCAAUGUCAACAACUCAUCGGCCAAGACCUUCCUCACGUAUCGACGCGCUCGGGCCGAUAUGCCCUGCAACGAGCUGGUGGUCACCGAACUCUGCGUCAUCGUCCAGAGCAAGGGGGAACGGGCACCGCAUGCCUUCUGUUUGAUCUACAAGACGCUGAACAAGGGCUAUGUGGGCAGCGAUGUGUAUUUGUGCUACAAGAAGUCCAUGUACCGGCCGAAGCACAUCAGCUACAAGCCGGAGAUCCUGCUGCGCUAUCCCACCGUCGAUCACAACGAUUUCCCGCUGAAUCUGUGCCCCAGCGUUCCGCUCUUCUGCCUGCCGAUGGGUGCCUCCCUGGAGGCCUGGCCACAUGUCAACGGAACGGAGAAGCGAAAGCCCAUUAGUCCGGUGUUUAGUACCUUUGUGCUGACGGUGAACGAUGGCACCUACAAGGUGUACGGAUCGGCGCUUACCUUCUACGAGGAUUACGACGAGUCCCAGUUGUCGGAGGAUCAGAAGGAGCUGCUCGGUUGGGAUGAGACCUUUGGGGCCCAGCACUCGCUGCACAUGAUCAAGGCGAUUUGCCUGCUGUCGCAUCAUCCCUUUGGCGACACCUUCGACAAGUGGCUGAAGUACCUUCACCGCAUGGUAUUGUAUGGCGUCAAUAUACCCAUUCCCGUGGAGCGUUAUAUAACGCAGCUAUUGGACGAGGUGCCAUUUCCGGCGCCAAGUAUUCACCUGCAGCUGUCCAGCGAGUCGAAUGAUCGCAUUCUGCUCACGCAGCCGGAAGAUUCGCCGCUGCCAAGAAGCGGCGCUGGCUUUCACAUGCUACUCCAAAACCUGGGCACCGACAACUGCCUGCAUGUGCUCCUGCUGGCCCUCACCGAACAGAAGAUACUCAUCCACUCGCUCAGGCCUGCCACCUUGACGGCCGUGGCCGAGGCCAUUGUUUCGCUGCUGUUCCCCUUCAAGUGGCAGUGUCCGUACAUACCGCUCUGUCCCCUUGGCCUGGCCGAGGUGCUGCACGCCCCAUUGCCGUACUUGAUUGGCGUGGACUCGCGCUUCUUCGAUCUGUAUGAGCCGCCCACGGAUGUGACCUGCAUUGAUCUGGACACGAACAAUAUAAGCUUGUGCGAAUCGCAGCGUCACUUGUCGCCAAAGCUGCUGCCCAAACGGGCUGCCCGCCUGCUCCGCCAUACCCUGACCGAGCUGGAGAACGCCAAGCCCAUCAGCUACGACUCAACGAAUAGCCUGGAUCGGGACAUUAGGAAGCGAAAGCGGGAACUGGUGCUGGAGCAGCGCAUUCAGGAGGCCUUCCUGCUGUUUAUGGCCAGCAUUUUGCGCGGCUAUAGGGACUUUCUGGUGCCCAUUUCCAAGGCCCCUUCGGUGGGGGCCACCGAUCCGAGUGCCCUCUUCCAGCUGAAGGCCUUCCUCCGGUCACGGGAUAAGUCCUACCAGAAGUUCUUUGAGCUACUGAUGAAGACCCAGAUGUUCAUCCGGUUCAUCGAGGAGCGCUCCUUCGUCUCGGACGGCGACCAUGGGCUGAGCUUCUUCGACGAGUGCGCGGAAAAGGUGGGCAACUACGAUGAGACGCCGGCGCAACUGCAUCUGGUGGACUGGGAUACGGGCCAGAAUAGUGAGCGCACCAAGUAUAUCUUUCCGCCGGAUGGCGGCGUUACACCAGGACCGCACGAGGAGCCGGCCUACAACUAUGAGAACUUUACUCUGCAGCCGCAGCUAUUGGAGGGCACCAAGAAGACGGCUCUGUCCAAGUUCCUGCAGCUGCAGCUGAACGCCUCGCUGUCGCCAGGAUCGCCAAUUGCCCGACGGACCAAGCACGAGAUCAAGCUGUCCCAGAAGAUGGCCAGCCGGUGUCAGCAGCAUCCAGAGGCAUGGUCCAAGUACCUGCUGGCCACCUGCUAUUCGCUGUACUUCCUCAUCCUGCCCUCGAUGGUGCUGGAUACGCGGCAUGCGGGCAAGGAGCCGGACAUAUUGCGCGCGGCGUACGAUGUCCUGGUGCGGGCCAGUCGGCUGAAGAUUACCUGCGAUGAGUUCUGCUACCGGAUCAUGAUGCAGCUCUGCGGCAUCCACAAUCUGCCCGUCCUGGCCGUGCGCCUGCACUACCUGAUGAAGCGAUCGGGCGUCCAGGCGAAUGCCCUCACCUAUGGCUUCUACAAUCGCUGCGUGCUGGAGUCCCAGUGGCCGAGUGACAGCACCACGCUGAGCCAGAUCCGUUGGAAUCGCAUCAAGAACGUGGUUCUGGGAGCGGCGCAGUUCCGGAGAGCUGGCAAGCGGCGGGCAGCAGCCAAGGUGAGCAAGUCGCUGAGCGCCUCGGAGGAUCAGAAUCUUAGCACUCUGGAGACAGUGGACGGUCAGUCGCGUAGCAGCCUGGCCUCCUCGGGCGGCGGCGAUGGUACUGGCGGUGGCGGUGGCCACGGACUGCUCGACUUUGCCGCCUUCGAUCGGCUGCGCAACAAGCUGGGUAGCAUUGUCCGCCAGACGGUGACGGGGGGCAGCAAUGAUGCCAUGCUGCCCACGGAUGUCGGCGAGCCGAAUGCUCCGCAUGCAGCCACGCCCACCUAUGGCGGCGACACUGAUAUCCUGGCAAAGGCCCUGCAGCAGCAGCAGCCGCGCAAGCAAAUUAUGAGCAUCGGUGGCGGCGACGACGACGACGACGAAGAAGAAGAGGACGAGGAGGACGAUGAUGAGUACACGGCGGGAUCGCCCAGCACAUCGCCACAGAAGCAACAGGAGACGGGCUCCCAUGAGCUGCAGUUUAGUGGCGGUGGCGACUAUGAGGCCGAUGAGGAGGAUGACGAUGCGGAAGCGCAGGAUGACGAUGAUCGUGUGGCCGCCUCCCAGCGCCCCAGACAGCAGCGGGUCCAGAGUCCAACCAAGAUAUCACCGCGUACCCCCGUCACCCAGAACGAUCCGCUGGGUGCCCUCAAUGAGGAGGAGUCAGCAGCAGGAACUGGCGCCACACCUGCUGCUGCUGCUGCUGCCGAGGAGCAACAGGAGCAUCAGCCAAGGCAGGUGGACAGCAGCCUGUACAGCGACAAGCCGAUACUCUUCCGCGGCCAGAGGAGUGCCACUUUUGACGAGUCGACACAGAUUGGGAAGAGCAUGCACCGGUCGGAGACGAUGCCGGUGGCCAGCAGCGGGGUGACCCACAGUCUGGCCAAUAUCGGAUCCUCGCUGAAGUUCACAUUUGGACGUUAUUCACCCGCACGAUUGUCCCUUAAGAAAGACUUGAAAUUGCCCGCCAAUAUUAUAGAAAACAUAUCGAGCAUAAGUCCCAGCUUGACGGGCAAAAAGUCGAACGAGCUCAUCCAGGGCAGCCUGAGCAGCAUCAAGUAUGCCGCCAACUCGCUGACCAAGAAGUUCGAUGAGAUUAAGGGCGCCAUAUCGGCCAACUCGACGCCGACAAAGACGAACAAUGGGCAACAUCAGCAUCAGCAGCAGCAUCAUCAUCACCACCCGCACCAUCAUCAUCAUCACCAUCAUCUGCAUCAGCAGCAUGGCAAUCCGGAGCUGGAGGAGCAUGAUGCUGCUGCUGUUCCUUCCUCAGCCGUUCACGAGGAUGGCAAGCUGCGGCGGGUGUCAAGUGAUUUGGAUCCCUGGGGCAGGCUCAGCGAGUCGCGCAAGUCUAGCUACAACAACCUGGUGCCGCUGGGCGAGAACACAUCCAGCGGGGCCCUGCACAUGCACGCCUUUCCCGCGCUGCCCGACAAUCUCUACAGUGUGACAGGAGAGAAUGCCGCGGACAGGGACUGCGAUGUGUUGAUUCAGCUGACGACGUGCUCACAGUGCCACAACUGCUCGGUGCUCGUCUACGACGAGGAGAUCAUGAGCGGGUGGACGGCGGAGGACUCUAACCUGAAUACCACCUGCCAUGCCUGCAACAAGCUCACGGUGCCCUUCCUCAGCGUGCAGAUCGAACGGCAGGAGGCGGAGGCGGAGGUGGAGGCGGACCAGCUGGAGGGCAGCAGCUCCAAGGAUCAAAACGGAACUAGCAGCAGUAGCAGCAGCCUGACAGUGCCGUAUCUAAAUCCCCUGGUGCUGCGCAAGGAGCUGGAGAACAUACUCACCCAGGAAGGCGACAUGGCGCUCAUCAAGCCCGCCUUUGUCGAGGAGCACCCCAUUAUAUAUUGGAAUCUGCUCUGGCUUAUGGAGCGGAUCGAGGGCAAGACGCACCUGCCGGAGUUAUGUCUGCCCGUGCCGAGCGACAAGGAGCAGCUGGAUCCGCUGAGCAAGGUGAAGACAGUGCACAUCCAGUGCCUGUGGGACAAUCUCAGUCUGCAUAGCGAGGCCAGCGGCCCGCCCAUGUACAUACUGUACCGGGAGGUACAGCCGACGAGCCUGUUUGCCGAUCAGCAGGCGCAGCUCAACAAGAAUGUCAUUCAGCAAAUCAUUUCGGCCAUUCGAUGCAACGAUUUGGCCACUCCCCUGAAACGCUUGGCCAACGAGCGGCACAAGCUCAAGAGCGAUGGCGUGGAAAGAUCGCACUCCUUCUAUCGCGACAUCCUCUUCCUGGCCCUGACCGCCAUCGGCCGGACGAACGUGGAUCUGGCCACAUUCCAUCGCGAGUAUGCGGCCGUCUUUGACAAGCUAACAGAGCGGGAGUGCAAUAUGUAUUAUCGCAACCAGGAUCUGCCGCCCUCGGCCUCGACCAUCUUCUGUCGCGCCUACUUCCGGCCUCUACUGCUGCCCUGACGCUGUCCGGCUGACGAGGAAAUGAAGGAGGAAUGAAUCGGGAAAGCUAGAAAAUAUGGAGGCACAGCGAAACUUAAAAAGACAAGACAAUGGCAGAGACCAAAAAGAAAAGAAAGAAAGAAAAAGGAAAAGAAAAAGAGGGAAAACUUGAACGAGAACCGAAACGCUUAUCAGAAACCUUUCUAAAGUAAAUAGCCGGGGGUGACAAUUCAGGCACCAUUUUUCCUUGGGAACAAAAGUUAAUACAUCAAAUGUUGCUUAAACUACACUUUUUUUUAAAAGAGAACUUACUUACAUACCUUCUUGUAUAAAUGGUAGAAACAAAAAGAAAACUAUUGGUUUCUAAGGAAAAAUACGAACGAAACAAGAACCCUCAGAGUAAUUAGUAUUUUUUGUAUUUUACGUGACAUGUGUAAAUAUGAUGGUAACGAAAUGAUUUUAUUGUUUAAGUACUCCUGACUUGAUUUCUACGAGGAAAUAAUAACCGAUUAUAAACACA